CCAGGAGAGCUGCCUGCUUGUGCUUCUAUAGUCUGUCCCCACGGGCCCAGCACGGUUCCGGCCGGCCGGGAGGGCGGCUGGCGGCCGUUAGUGAGCACCUGGUGAGCCGCCGCCGCCGCCAACACCCACACAGGCGGGUCCGGGAUGGGGAGUUGGGCCGCAGACCUUGUGCCCCGCUGUGUCUGGCCCGCGUCCCCUUCAGCCCCCUGGCUCAGCCCCCUCUCCCGACUUUCUCUGGGUUCAAGCCAGGUGUCUCUGACCCCUCGGACGGUGACAAGUGCUUUGCACUUAAGACCUCGGUCCGACCUCCGUGGCCGGCGAAUGAGGGCAGAGGUGCGGGCACCCGUCCGAGUGGGCCGAGUGUGGCAGUGGUGGGCUCGUUGUGUGACGGGGGGGGGGUUAUGCCAGGGAUGUGCGUCCAUGCUUACGUGUCCCUGAGGUUGGGGCGGGGGUGGCGCCCGGGCCGCGCUGGCGGAGGGGCGCACAGAGACCCAGCCCCGCCCGCCCGAGGCUGCACGCACGGCGGCCCCGCCCCCGGCUCCGCCCCGCCGGCUUCGCGGGCUGGAGAGCGAGGGAGCCGCGGGCGAGGGAUCGCAGGAUGAGCGAUUGGGGCCCGGGCAGCCGGCAGCGGACGCGCCCCCCGAGCCCACCGGCCCGCGCCCCACGGCCCCGCGGCCCCGAUCCCGGCCGCGCCGCCCGCGUCCCCCGAGCCCGCGCCCGAGCCCUGCGGGCCAUGCCCGGCCGGCCCUAAGCGCGGGCCGGGGGGGCGUCCCCUUGUGCCCGGGACCCGCGCUGGCGCCCCCCGGGCCGCCGCCCGGCGCGGGGGCCAUGGCGUUCACCUUCGCCGCGUUCUGCUACAUGCUCACCCUGGUGCUGUGCGCCUCUCUCAUCUUCUUUGUCAUCUGGCACCACGUCCCAUCUCGUCCGAUCCCCAUGUGUGAAUCUUAUGCCACAGAAGAAUGCGUGGGGGGCCAUAAGCUGCUGCCCCAACCCUGACGGGCACACGCCCCUCCCCCAGAUCAUAGCCUUUGACGAGCUGCGGACCGACUUCAAGAACCCCAUCGACCAGGGGAACCCAGCGCGGGCACGCGAGCGUUUAAAAAACAUCGAACGCAUCUGCUGCCUCCUGAGGAAGCUGGUGGUCCCAGAAUACUCCAUCCACGGCCUCUUCUGUCUGAUGUUUCUGUGUGCAGCAGAGUGGGUGACCCUGGGCCUCAACAUCCCCCUCCUCUUCUACCACCUCUGGAGGUACUUCCACCGUCCUGCGGAUGGCUCUGAGGUCAUGUAUGACGCGGUCUCCAUCAUGAAUGCUGACAUCCUCAACUACUGCCAGAAGGAGUCCUGGUGCAAACUCGCCUUCUACCUGCUCUCCUUCUUCUAUUACCUGUACAGUAUGGUUUAUACGUUGGUGAGUUUCUAAGGGGGAAGCCGGCCAGGGAGCGAGCCCAGAACGGACCGGACGCCUGUGCACCCCCAGCCCUACCCCUGGGCCGCAGAGGCCUCAGCCCUGGGGAGGGAGGGGGCACUGGUGCCCCCAGCCUCCUCUCCCCCACCCCCAAACUGCUGCUGCGGGGACUUCCCGCCUUCAGAGCCCCCUCCCCUUGGACUAGGGCUGGGCAGAGCUCUAAAUAGGGGCAGGAGCUCCUCUGCCAGCCUGUGGGCAUGGCAGUCAGUCCUGGAAGGGGCGGGACCUCCGGCCUUGUCCACUUCAGAGGGCAUUUAGGCCCUGCCACGGGGCAGGGCUUGACCCUGGAAGUUCUGGGCCGCCCCCUCCACCCCCCCCACCCUGGGGCUCCCCCUGCAGGUGGGGCGGUACCCACACCGGGAAUGAGCAGGCUCAGCAGGGGGGCAGCCCCACCCCUAGUCUGCCCUCCCCCCUCCCCCAGGCUUUCUCUCCAGACCCCUCCCUGUCCCCCCUUGCCCCAACCCCAGCCACCCUGUCUCUUGGACCUAUUUUCUAUGUUGCCUGGAGGAGUCCGGCACCCCCUCCCCGGCCGUUUGUGACAAAAUAUGAAUAAACUACUGCAAACACGU